ACCAGGAUCGGAAGAUAAAAAAAAGUCGCAGUCACAGACUUAAAGCAGUUUGAACAGCCAGCCUGUUCACAUCCUUGACUACACUGCCGGUGAACAUGUACUGCUGGGGAGAAGGGACGAGUGGGCAGCUUGGUCUGGACCUACAAGAGAAUGACAGUCUGGUUCUGCAGCCCGCAGAAGUUCACCCGCUACUCCGACAUGUUUCCCUGGUUGCGUGUGGAGAACAGCACACAUUAUUUCUCAAUGAAGAAGGCAAAGUUUUGUCGAGUGGACGUAAUUCAAAGGGACAGUUGGGUAGACAGAGCAUCCCGGAUCAAAAAACUCCAGCGCGAGUCCAGGGUCUGACAGGAGUGGUGUCGGUGGCCUGCGGUCAGGAGCACAGCCUGGCGCUCUGCCAGUCGGGACAGGUGUACUCCUGGGGCAGAGGGAGCGAGGGACAGCUGGGAACUGGCGCUUUUGAAGCAAAGGUUACAAAACCAAGAAAGAUACAAGCAUUAUUAACCACUCAGAUACCAGUGAUUCAAGUUGCAUGUGGAAAUUUUCAUUCCUUGGCACUUUCAAAAGGUGGGGCAGUUUUCUCCUGGGGGCAGAACUCCCUUGGCCAGCUGGGUCUUGGAAAGGGGACUCCCUCUCAGCCCGUUCCCACUCAGGUCCUCUCACUGUCAGGAGUGCCAGUGUCCCAGAUCGCUGCAGGGGGGGCUCACAGCUUCGCUCUCUCCCUCUCGGGGGCUGUGUACUGCUGGGGGGCCAACAAUGCUGGACAGCUGGGGAUCAACAGAGUUGAUGAAAAAGGUAGAUUUUCUCCAUGUGCUGUGACUGCUGUCAAAUCUCUUGGUGUUUCCUGUAUAAGUUGUGGUGAAGCCCACACAGCUGCUCUGACUAAGGAUGGGAGUGUGUAUACUUUUGGAGAUGGACGUUUUGGUCAACUGGGUCACAACUCCACUGCUAAUGAACUCAAGCCGAGAAAAGUGGAGCAUAUAAAUGACCGGGCCUCUGAAGUAGCAUGUGGCAGAUAUCACACACUUGUUCACGUACUGUCCUCUGGAUUGCUGUUGAGCUUCGGCAGUGGCAGUAAGGGGCAGUUAGGGAAUGGAGAUACAGCCAACCAGCUACAGCCCGUCACAGUGCAGCAGACCUGGAGCUCUCAAUUACCAGAAAAUGGAGAGAAAGAAUCUCCAGAUUACCAAACCACCAAACUUUUUGCUGGAUGGAAUACAAGCUUUAUUCAUACAGCACCUCCAGAGUGUUCUGAAUCUCUAAGGCAAAUCAGUAAAAUUGAUGGGCACGUGCUUCAGAAAUGGCUGACAGUGCCAGCUUGCGGUACAGAUUGGAAAGAGGCUAAAAGUGAGAUUACCUUAGUCUUUUCAUCAAGCUCGUGCCUUGUUGCAAGUUUUUUAAGAAACAGCACUGACUCUCCUCCAUCAAAUGUCUCAGACCCCUACAUUGUUGAUUUACAAGCUGUGAGAAGUACAUUAAGGCAACUUGAGAAAAAAACUUGGAUCAGUAAGCAGAUUGCUUCAGGCCUCAGAGAAAAAUUGAUACCGAAUCUUCUGUCUGCAUCUGGAUUAAUGAAGCUAUUGGAUAUUUUUUUGAUACUUCCUGAAUGUGAGGCGUUCCAUGCAGAUGAAAACAUCAUUCACCUUGUCCUUCCAUUGGCCACAGCCAUUCUUAAUCUAAAGGAUUCAUCUAUGGAAACCCUGAAAAAAUGGUGGUCUUUUCUGGAGCCAAAAUUCCGGAAAAAGCACAUCCACAUGUUCAAGCGUGCUGUGGCUUUCAUCUUGAAAUCAGGGUUGUUUGAGGUUUUUAAACCCAAGAUGAGAGAUGUUCUCUGUAUUUUAAAACAUUUCUACAAAGCUAAUAAAAAGGCCACACACAGUGUCCCCUUGAGUGAAUUCUAUAUAGAUGAGAUCGCCUUACAUUUGUUUUUGGAUCAGGAUCUGUUAAACUGGCGUUUGUGGGCAAAACUAGAGGACACAGAUGAGACACCUAUUAUUUUCUGCCGCUUUCCUUUUGUUCUGAAUCUGCAGGUUAAGACUAAUCUGUUUUAUGUUGAUGCAUGCUUAAUAAAGCAAUUACACAGAUGGGAAACAUUCGAGGCCAUUGUAAAGUAUCAAAUGACACAGGGAGCCUCUGAAAUUCCCCCCAAGCCAAUCUUCCAGCUCCGGGUGACACGCCCAAAUCUGGUCCGGGACACCUUCAGGCAGCUGAAUCUUGCAAACGAUGAAGACUUAAGGAAGGAACUUUCGGUAGAGUUUGUUGGAGACUUGGAACAAACAGCUGUCAAUAAAAAGGAUUUCUUUCUUCACAUUUUUGACCAACUCAUUGCUCCAGAUUCUGGAAUGUUCUGGUACAAUGAAUCAAACUCAUUAAUGUGGUUUCCAUCUAAUCCCACACUGGCCCAGAAGAGAUACUUCCUGUUUGGGAUUCUCUGUGGCCUAGCAAUGUACAAUAACAAUAUUGUACAUCUUCCCUUCCCACUGGCCUUCUUCAAGAAGCUGGUAGGUGUAAAGCCAACACUGGAGGAUCUGGAAGAGCUGGAUUCUGUGUUAGGGAGGAGCUUGAAGUGCAUCUUGGAAAGCGAUGAAGAAGACUUUGAAGUCCUUGAUCUGACCUUUACAGUCUCCUGGGAUAAGAAAGAUGUUCACCUUGAUCCUCAAGAGAAUGAAAAAGCUGUGAAUAAUGCAAACAAGAAACAGUUUGUCAGUGCCUUUGUGGACUAUGUGUUCAACAAAUCUGUGGCAAAACUCUUUGAAGAAUUCAAGAGAGGUUUUUACAAAGUCUGUAAUGUGGACAUACUCGAGUUCUUCCAGCCAGAGGAAUUGAUGGGGGUUAUUGUGGGGAAAGAAGACUAUGAUUGGGAGAAACUAAAGCAGAAUACAUUGUAUGAAGGAGAGUACCACGCAAAUCAUGCUAAUAUCAGAUUGUUCUGGGAAGUGUUUGAUGAACUGUCAACAGAAGAGAAAAAAAGCUUCCUCUUGUUUGUGACAGGAUGUGAUCGAGUUCCCAUUUUAGGGAUGAACUGCAUUAAAAUGAGAAUUAGUAUUCUGCCACAUUUUACUGAAGAGCACUUUCCGGAGUCUCUCACCUGCCACAGCCUCCUGUUGCUGCCUAAAUACUCCACCAAAGAGAGGCUUAGAACAAAGCUUAUUGGAGCCAUAAAUCACAAAAGGGGGUUCUGGAAAGAAUAAGGAUCCCUAACUGUUCUUAUGUGAAAAGAAUACUCAGAUGUAUGGAGCUAACUAUAUAUAUUUAACAAAUAAUGAUUAGAUUGUUUAAUUAGAACUAACCUUUUCUGUUCCAAUGCUUUCCCUUUCUUAGUAGCUAAUCUAGUUCAGUUUUAUGCUUUAGAAAAAAUAUACCGUAACAUUUUAAAUAUAAUUAUAGUUCAAAUACUAGUAAUCUCAAAAUGCACAACAUAAAUUCUAUGUAAGUUUGUUCAUUGUUAGUUCUGACAUUGUAAAAAGAAUA